CCUAUGACCUUCACCUUACAGAGCCGGCGAGUUUAGUCUUUACUUUCAAUAAUUCCUACAUACCAAUAACACGCAAGAAUGACGGAAGUGCAUCUGUUUUCCACAUUGCCGUGCUACUGUUCAAUGCAGUGCUUACACAUAUCAUCGUACGUGCUAGCCAGCGGGAGAGAGGACGGGAGGGCGAAUGCAAUGCUCUCAGGGAACCUGCAUGCUAUCCGUGAAUCCGGAGACUGAGGAAACCCGUGUCAAGGAAACAGGUGGAAAUCACUUGGUGCCAGGUCUCGCGAGUAUGGAGGGUGAAGAAGUUCAUCGAACCCAUAUGUCGCACAUCAAUUCGAGAAGAGGCACUGUCAUGAAGUAGUAGAACUCCAGCAGUCAGCAUUCCUCGCCGCUUUUCUUUGAUAGAAUCUGUCAGGCGAUGAAGCAAAUCAGCACUGUAGGCACUGGAAUGGAGAGCUGUUUGUCAACUGUACAUACUCUUGAACCAACAUUUCCACUUGGAAUAGACGGAACUAUUUUAUAUAUAGUGAAUUAUUUCAUAUUUUGCCGAAAACAUUUUUCGCCGGGGAGGGGGUGUCGAAGCCGCAUUGUUUCAUUUGAGAACGUGUAAUUGUCAACCUGAUCAGGUACGGCGGCACAUGAAGUUGACGGACGUCCAAACCUCGGAUCAAAUUCAAGACCUAUUCAGAAGAUGAUUGCAGUUCUCCUGGUUGUUGUAGUGGGUGUACUGACAGUUAUCUCGCUUAUUUUGAAACACCUGGAUGGCAGACGAUAUCUUCAGAUUCCCGCCGCGCCUCGUCGCCUACCGUUUAUUGGGAAUGCCUUCAAUAUGGACAUGUCUCAAGCACAUUUAGUAUUGACAGAACUGGCGCAACAGCUUGGUCCAAUAUUCCGUAUUAGGAUUUUUAAGGAAGAAAUAGUUGUUCUGAAUGAUUAUGACACAAUAACAGAGGCCCUCGUCACAAACGGACGAGACUUUGCAGGUCGUCCUCCUAUGGCAAGGACCGAAGAGGCAGGUAGAUCCUCCCAGUCCAUCGUCUGGCAGACGUACACCCCAAAGCUUGUAUUCCUACGCAAAGAAGUACACAAGUGUCUCAAGAUGUACGGGUCUGGUUUUGAGACGUUGGAGGAGAAAAGUGCUCCUGAAAUAGCCCAUCUGGUUGAUGUCAUCGAACAGACAGAAGGCCAGUCAUUUGACCCAUGGAAUAGUGUCUAUGACGCGGUAUCCUGCAUCAUGCUUAGUUUGAUUCUAGGAACUUCAAACAAGUUGUCGGUCCCAUGUCGACGGAAGCUGCAAGAGAUUAAUUUCCUUUUUAACACAACAUUCGGUUCCGGUAGUGCUCGUUGGAUGGACUUACUGCCCUGGGCAAAGUUUUUCCGUUUUGAAGAACAUCAAAAACUUCAGGAGGCCUUAAAACUGAGGGAUGAUUUCUGGACUAACGAAAUAAUAUUGCAGGGAAUAUAUCAAGGCGUUGUUAGAAGGAUGUUAUUUUUUGCCGAGAGCAAGGGUGAAUCUGAAUACGACAUAUCCGAGAACACGGCAAAAGAAGUGUUCACAAAUCUGAUAUUAGCAGGGACCGACACGACCGCUACUUCUCUGACCUGUCUUCUCCUGUUCCUUCUCCAUCACCCGGAUGUACAGACCAAGCUGCACACUGAGUUAAUGGAGGUUGUGGGGCCAGGGCGUCUGGCCAAUCUGUCGGACAAACAGAACAUGCCCUACACUCAGGCCACACUAUGGGAACUCUUAAGGAUCAUUGGCCAUGUGCCCCUUUCUGUUCCACACUACACCCUCUCAGACACUAGCAUACAGGGGAAACAUGUUCCUGCAAAUACAACAGUAUACAUUAACCUAUGGGCCCUGCUACAUGACGCCACCUUCUGGGAGAGUCCGUGGGAGUUCCGCCCUGAGAGGUUCCUAGACAGUACCCAUAGACUCCUGCCACCUAGUCACCCAUCCAGACGCAGAAUGUUGGCAUUUGGGGCUGGUCGCAGGGUUUGUCUAGGAGAGGCAAUGGCCAAGAACAGACUCUUCUUGUUCGUGACAGCGUUGAUCCAGAACUUCCAGUUUGAGCCAGUAGAGGGCGAGUCCUUACCAGAUGCCGACCCUCGGACCUUUGAGAUGGGGCUUGUGCUUCACCCUCACAAGUUCAAGUUGUGUGCUAAGUCAAGACGUUCCUCGCCCCUAUAAACACAGGAAGUCAGCUAGCGAUCAAAUCUUCUCAGUUCAGCAUUGCAAUGGACAACUUAUAUGUUGGAGAUUGCCUCCAUUUAAGAAGUAAAACUGUAGUGUUCACAAUAUAUGAACUAAGGUGAACAAAGGAAACCAAUACAAAGUAUAUGUCUCAUUCUGAGGCUGAGGUUCUAUCAAACAGUGAAAUGUGCAUUUCUGGGUAAAGACGAUGAUUGCCUACAGUUGAAUAUUGGCCUCCUCUGUACAAGGCAUUGUACAGGUCAACAUGUUUAUGCGAGUUCGAUAAAACAGAAAAUCAGUUA